AUGCCGAGAUGUGGUAUAGGACACCCACGUAAGAGGACGUUGGAAUCUUUGGCGAUAGAGUCGCCAGAGAGGUCUGUUGGGAUUGAGACUGUCAGUCAGGGGCAGACUCCUCAUGGUACUGUGGGCUUGUCGGGCUCUCGGAUCCCAUCGGUUCUUUCUCCGGAGUUACCCACACCUACAGUGUCCAUUGUACCACCAGCAGCACCAUCUACAACAUACUCGGCCCCUCCACCACCAAUUCCUGCAACUAUGUACACGACACCACCACCACUUGUGCCUUCUACGGCGUAUCCGGCACCAGCAACACCAGUUACACCUGUGCCUACUACAUACUCGGCACUCGCACCAGUAGUACCAGUUGCUCCUUGUCCGAUACCACCACCUAUGGUACCUCCAACCGCUCUUGCACAUAUUGACCCUGCAAUGCCACCAGCGGGACCUGCCCGGACUUAUGCAGCAGCACCAGGGGUACCUCCCCCGGCCUAUCCAACGAUGCCACUAGUAGUACCAGUCCAAUGGUUCCACUAG